UCGCUCAGGCAGUCGGUCGCGCUCUGAGCUACGGGAAUGUUACAUAGGAGCCAAAGGCGCAAGCUGCGCUUUUCGGCCGCUACCGGGGCAUUUGUCUUCUCGGCCGCCAACCUGAGAGAAGCCUCCAUGUCUUAACAGGAAGAAAAGGCGCAUGGGAGGGGAGGUAACAUGAAUUCAGCCGAAAUUAAGAAGCCACCAGUGGCCCCAAAACCAAAAUUUGUGGUAGGACACAAACUAGUGCCGCCUCCUGUUGCACCCAAGCCAGAUGUUGUUCUUGCAGAUCUUUUGCAACCCGCAAAGAAAGCAAAACCAGCGAUAGCACCAAAGCCAAAGGUUCUCAAGUGCUCAUCCUUUCCUGACGUUAAAACAGCACCACUGUCUUUAACAAAAAAUUCCAAGAGUUUAGAAACAGGCCAAGAUGACUCUUCAGAAUACUUAGUUAAUUUGAAUUACAAAAAUGGAGCUCCAAGUGACAAUACUGCUUAUAUUAUAUCAGUGUGUUCCUGCAAUUUUGAAUGCAUUCAUAAAUAUGGGAAGAAUACAUGUAAAAAUUCUACCAUUCUUGAACAAUUGGAAAACCUAGAAAAUCUUGAUAUAGGUGAAAAAACAGCAUCAUCUCUGAAACCUAGAACAAUACUUGAUAGCCAUAAUGAAAAAGUUAUAAAUAAAAACUGGGUAGUAUUAAAGGCUAAUUUUACAGAAGAAAAACUCAAAGGUGUUCUGACACAUAGCAUUUCCUCCAAUAAUGGACAUUUGAGGCAGAAACCCUUGAAUAAACUUGAAAACAACGGCAUUAAAAUAGAAUUGAAAGACCUCAUCCAAUCCUCUUCUAGUUUGGAAGCAAUUACGGUCAGUUCAGAUACCACUAUGAAUGUAAGUAAGGUUACAGCUGAAAUUUCAGAAACUCCUGUAGAAAAAGUGGAUACUAGUGAUUCGUGUCCAGAUACCUACAUAAAAGGAGGUGAUGUAUCUCUUGCUUCCUUUGGGACAGAUGUAAUUCCAUCAACUAAAGCUCUCCCAGUUCCAAAACCAAGAAAACUACGUGUUCCAUGCCUUGUUAGACAAGAUGGUAUAGAUCUCCCAGCUGAGGGAAUAAAAAGACUAGAUACUUCCAAGUGUGAUUCUGCUGGGCUUUGUGGUAUUAGAAAAACAGCCAAAAUUAAUGUUCUUGUUCAAAGUGUUUCUUACAACAAUCAAGAAAUUAUUCCCAAAGCUGAUGAAUCUGAUAUUACUACUUCUACUGCUGAGAAAAUGUACCCAGCAAAGGAAUAUUCUGAUUCAAAAGAACUGAUCCCACAAACCCUCUUGCCUCAGGUUCUAAAUGAAACCUCUCACGUGGAAGAAAAUGUCGAACAUUCUUUAGACCAUAACACUAUAUGUUCUGCCAAAACUGUAGUAGACAAUGAUGGUGUAUUGACUGCUAGCAAUAACAAGACUAGCUUUAUAAGGUGUAACAAUCUUUCUAUGAGCUUGCCUAAGCAAUUAAAACUAUCUUGCAAUCAGCAUUUGCCUGCCUUUAAUAGCCUCGACUCUUCACAAAGAAAAGAAGAUAAAGAUGUGAAUUUAAAAGGUGACAGUUCACCAAAAAUAAUUCCUAAAAAACCUCAAAGGCACAGCCUACCUGCAGCUGGGCUGUUGAAAAAGGCUGCAUCAGAUGAGUUUGUAGAGAAAAGGACUUAUCUUCUUAAUGAAGAGACACCAUUGGAGACCUCUCUGGAGGGGCAGCGAAUAAGACAUUUAUCUGCCAAAGAACAAAGUACAUUGUUAUCCUGUGAUACUCCAAAAUCAUCUUUGGAGAAGCCUGUCUGGAAAUUACCUCACCCUAUCCUUCCAUUUUCAGGCAAUCCAGAAGCCUUAAAAAACACCAAGAGUUCCAAAAGCAAAGAGCAUCCAAGUGUUGUGACAAAACCUCGAGCCAAAUCUUUGUCCUCUGUGGAUAUUGACAGAAUAAACAAGCCGCAAAGAGAAACUCAAAAGAAAAAUUCAUUAAAGAAAUUUCUAAACAUGAAAUUAUCUGUUUGUAUAAUAAAAAGUGACUUCCAGAGGUUUUUGGCCAAAGGCAGCCAGUCUACAGAUGAUACUGGUGUUACUUUUUCUAACAGGGAAGGACAUGGCAAAAACUGGAAUAUAACUUGUGCAACCAGUGGAAGAAAAACUAAACCCUCAAAAUGCAGCCCAUCCUCACAAAAGGGAAAACAAAGAUCAAGGAGCCAGAACGAAAUGCCAGCCAGUCAGAGACCAGAGUCUUUAGAUGAACAACCCUCCGCAUUGCAAGAGCACUUAAAUUCUUUUUCACAUGACCUCACACCAGAAUAUGAAAAUGUGAGUCAUUAUGAGGAAAUCCCAGACUAUGAAAACCUGCCUUUUGCACCCAUUGAGAAAAAUGCAUGUUUUGAGUGGCAGAAUUCUAGCAGUAUUGAAGACCAUGAUGCUAACAUAUAUGAGGUGGAAGAACUAUAUGAAGCUACAAGGAGCUAUUCAAAGCUUAGCAGGCCUUUGUCAGAGGAUCAUGAGGAUUCUGAUUUGGUGCUUGGAGAAGUUCACUCUGACGAAGAGAUGAUAUCAAGAGAUGUGAACAGUUCAGAUGAAGACGAUGACAGCAAUUCAGAUUCUGGCAAGGGAGAACUUGAUACACAAGAAAAUAAUCAGGCUAAAGCAGCUGGGAAAAAAACAAAGGUGCAUCAUAUUGCUAAAGAAAUCAUGAGCUCAGAAAAAGUAUUUGUAGACGUGCUGAAGCUCUUGCAUAUUGAUUUCCGGGAUUCAGUGGCACAAGCUUCCAGGCAACUUGGAAAGCCAGUAAUUGAAGACAGGAUCCUGAAUCAGAUCCUGUACUACCUACCUCAGCUGUAUGAGCUUAAUCGGGACCUCUUGAGAGAACUAGAAGAACGGCUGGCUCACUGGGCUGACCAUCAGAGAAUUGCGGAUAUUUUUGUAAAAAAAGGACCUUACUUAAAGAUGUAUUCAACUUACAUUAAAGAGUUUGAUAAGAAUGUAGCCCUCCUAGAUGAACAAUGCAAGAAGAACCCCAGUUUUGCUGCUGUCGUUCGAGAUUUUGAGACGAGCCCUCGCUGUGCUAGCUUGGCACUCAAACACUAUUUGCUCAAACCAGUUCAGAGGAUCCCUCAGUACAGGCUGCUUUUGACAGAUUACUUAAAGAACCUUUUGGAAGAUUCAGCUGACUUCAAAGAUACUCAGGAUGCUCUCGCUGUUGUCAUAGAAGUGGCCAACCAUGCAAAUGACAUUAUGAAACAGGGAGAUAACUUUCAGAAGCUUAUGCAAAUACAGUACAGUUUAAAUGGUCACCAUGAGAUUGUACAGCCAGGAAGGAUCUUUUUGAAAGAAGGAACAUUGAUGAAGCUGUCAAGGAAGAUCAUGCAGCCACGAAUGUUUUUUUUGUUUAAUGAUGCUCUGCUGUACACUACUCCUGUUCAGUCUGGAAUGUACAAACUCAACAACAUGCUGUCGCUGGCUGGAAUGAAAGUUAGAAAGCCCACACAUGAAGCUUACCAGAAUGAACUGAACAUAGAAAGUGUGCAGCGAUCUUUCAUUCUUUCAGCCAGUUCUGCAACAGAAAGAGAUGAAUGGUUAGAUGCCAUCUCAAGGUCAAUUGAAGAAUAUAUGAAGAAAAGAAUCACCUUUAACCCUAGCAGAAGUCUGGAAGAGGCAGACCCAGAGAAAGAUGAGGAAGACAGUCCUUUGGGGUCAAAGGCUCCCAUCUGGAUUCCUGAUACGAGAGCUACCAUGUGUAUGAUCUGUACUAGUGAGUUCACACUGACAUGGAGAAGGCACCACUGUAGAGCAUGUGGAAAGAUAAUCUGCCAAGCUUGUUCAUCAAAUAAGCAUGGAUUAGACUAUAUGAAAAAUCAGCCUGCAAGAGUAUGUGAUCUUUGCUUUAAAGAGCUGCAGAAGCACAGUAAGCUUUGCCCAGACAAUAUAUGCACUCCUUCUAAAAAUGGGUCCCCAGUAAACCACAGAUCUCCAUCUAGUGCCUUGUCUACAGUGUUGCACAGUAUCCCGUCAGGAAGAAAACAGAAAAAGAUCCCAGCGGCCCUCAAGGAAGUAUCUGCGAAUACAGAAGACUCUUCAAUGAGUGGCUAUUUAUAUAGAUCAAAGGGUAGCAAGAAACCCUGGAAACACCUGUGGUUUGUGAUAAAAAAUAAGGUGCUAUAUACAUAUGCUGCUAGUGAGGAUGUAGCUGCUUUGGAAAGUCAGCCUUUACUGGGAUUUACAGUUGCUGAAGUCAGAGAUGAAAAUGCAGAGUCCAAAGUGUUCCAUUUGUUGCACAAAAAUACCUUAUUCUAUAUAUUCAAAGCAGAUGACACCCAUUCAACACAAAAGUGGAUAGAAGCUUUUCAAGAAGCAACAGUAUUGUAGCAUAGCUGGUGGUGCCCUUUGUUGUCAAAUGAUGAUGUGAAAUACUACAGUUCUUUUUUAUAACAGAGAGGGAUAGAAUUCUACAAGUAUCAAUCGAAAGAUUGUUUAUCGGAUUUAGGAGAUGUUGCCUCUUUUGUUUAGUUGAAAUACUUGUUCAAAAAAUGUGUAUACUUGUCUUUUUUGUGAUACAUAAAGUGUUAUUUAUUAAACUCUGCCACUGUUUUACUUAAUGGUCAGAAUCAUUUCUGAAAUUCACUGUUGAAUUCCAAAGUGUCCUUGACCUUAAGAAUAGGAUUUUGUCAGAAAGCUAUAAUGAACUAUUUGUCUUCUGUCUGCCGCAGCAUUAUUAUCAGCAGUUUCAGAGCUUGUGCUCUUGGAAACCAGAGGAGCAAGAUCUUUCAGCAAGUUCUUAGGCCUUUUCCUGUGUUUGUGAUAGUUCAAUAGUCAUUUGACUAAAAUGCUACAUGAUCCUUGUUGAUGCAAAGUAGAUAAGUUACCAGAGCUACUUACUCAUACACACAUACUCAUGGACCCAUAAAACUUGCAUGUGCACGUAAGCCAGACUGAUCUUGUUUACUUCAGUGUGUAAACAUUUGAUUCUCAAGCAAUUACUCAGUAGCUCUAUGAUUCUGAUUAUAUUAGUAGAUCCUUGUUGAAGGGAAAAAAAGAAAUAUACCAGCAAGAAGUGGCUUGUGCUUUUUUAAAGUUUGGUAUCCUGUGUUACAAAAACCUCGACUUAGAAAUGUAAGGAUCCAUAUGGUAGAAAUAGGAGAGUUUCUUAACAUGAUUCUCUUAUUUAUGGGAAACGGGUGGGAGGAUCAUUCUGUGUUCCUUGAACAUUGCACAGAAGAUAUCAAAUAGUAAACUCCAAAAAUAUUUUAAAAUCAAUAUGCAAUUUACACUUCUAAAGCAUGAAUAAGAUCAUGCAAGAAGGCAAUACAUUCAACAUGAGCGUGUUUUCCUUAAUAUACAGUCCCAUUGAAGUCAAUAGGUUUAUAUACAUAAUGUAAGAUAUGGUGAAUAAUUCAUCUUCAAACUU